GCAAAGGCAAAGAGGUCAAAGGAGGAAAGGAGAAAAGCACGUGUGAUCCAUACAUCUCUGUCCUUCCUAUCGCACUUGUUUUUGUAAGCCCGUCUCAUGCGCAUGCAGAUUGCCAACUGGCCCAAAAGCACACCAAGCCAAGCCGACUCGUAAAUAGCUCUUCUCCAACACUGUCAGAUCGCCUGUUUAGUCUUUUUGACCAUGGUGAGCAAGACGGACGACACCCCGGCUUCUGCGCCCGGCUGCAGUCCGGCUGAUGUUGCUGCGGAGGAAGCCGGGGAUGGUGCUCAGGACGCCCACGAGAGCAGCAGGGCGCAUUUAAAGGAGUCGUGUAGCUGUGAAACAGUCAUGGUGAAUGGUGGAGAUGCACAUGAGCACACGGAUGGAUUGGAGGCAAAGAGGGACAGUCACAGUGAAGUGAACGGAGGCGACGACUCCAGCGAGCAGGAGGUGAUCGUCAUCCAGGACACGGGUUUCACCGUUAAGAUCCAGGCACCCGGUACCGAGCCCUUUGAUCUCCAGGUGUCUCCUCAGGAGAUGGUGCAGGAGAUCCAUCAGGUGUUGAUUGACAGAGAGGAUGCCUGCCACCGUACCUGUUUCUCGCUGCAGCUGGACGGAAACGUGUUGGCCAACUUUGCUGAGCUCAAGUCCAUUGAAGGUCUACAGGAAGGCUCGCUGCUCAAAGUGGUGGAAGAGCCGUACACUGUGCGUGAAGCACGGAUCCACGUGCGUCACAUCCGAGACCUGUUGAAGAGUCUGGACCCGUCAGAUGCCUACAACGGAGUGGACUGCAACUCUCUUUCCUUCCUAAGUAUUUUCACAGAUGGAGACCUUGGAGAUAGUGGCAAGCGGAAGAAGAAGGGCAGCGAGCUGGAGCAGAUUGACUGCACUCCCCCAGAACACAUUCUCCCUGGCAGUAAAGAGCGCCCUCUAAUACCUAUCCAGCCACAAAACAAGGAAUGGAAGCCUCUGCAGUGCCUGAAGGUCCUGACCAUGAGUGGCUGGAAUCCUCCCCCCGGCAACAGGAAGAUGCAUGGCGACCUCAUGUACCUUUACAUCGUGACAGUAGAAGAGCGCCAUGUCAGUGUCACUGCCUCAACACGCGGCUUCUACCUCAACCAGUCGACAACCUACACCUUCAACCCCAAACCAGCCAACCCUAGUUUCUUAAGCCAUUCUCUGGUUGAACUACUGAGCCAAAUCAGCCCUGCCUUUAAGAAGAACUUCACUGCCCUGCAAAGGAAAAGGGUCCAGAGGCAUCCGUUUGAGCGAAUAGCCACACCUUUCCAGGUGUAUAGCUGGACGUCACCACAGGUCGACCAUGCAAUGGACUGUGUUCGAGCCGAGGACGCCUACACUUCCCGUUUAGGUUAUGAAGAGCACAUACCAGGACAGACUAGAGAUUGGAAUGAGGAGCUGCAGACGACAAGAGAGCUUCCUAGGAAGAAUCUGCCUGACCGCCUGUUAAGGGAACGGGCUAUUUUCAAGGUCCACAGCGACUUUGCAGCAGCGGCCACACGCGGCGCCAUGGCAGUCAUCGACGGAAACGUAAUGGCCAUCAAUCCCGGUGACGAAACGCACAUGCAGAUGUUCAUCUGGAACAACAUUUUCUUCAGCCCGGGCUUUGACGUGCGGGACCAUUAUCGUGAGCUGGGCGGGGACGCCGCCGCCCAUGCCGCACCCACCAAUGACUUGAAUGGCGUGAGAGCUUAUGGGGCAGUGGAUGUGGAGGGACUCUACACACUGGGCACAGUGGUGGUGGAUUACCGAGGCUACCGUGUCACCGCCCAGUCAAUCAUCCCUGGCAUCCUGGAACGCGAGCAGGAGCAGAGCGUCAUCUAUGGCUCCAUUGACUUUGGAAAGACAGUUGUGACCCACAGCAAAUACCUUGAGCUUCUGGCCAAGACCAGCAGGCCCCUCAAAGUCCAGAGGUACAAUGUGCUCAACGAGAAGAACGAGGCUGUGGAGCUUUGCUCAUCGGUCGAAUGUAAGGGCAUCAUCGGAAAUGAUGGCCGUCACUAUAUUCUGGACCUUCUUCGCACCUUCCCGCCUGACCUCAACUUCCUUCCUGUGGAGGGAGAGGAGUUAGCGCCAGAGUGUCAGCGUCAGGGUUACCCCCGCCAGCACCGCCACCGCCUCGCCUGCCUUCGCCAAGAACUCAUUGAGGCCUUUGUUGAGCACAGAUACCUUCUCUUUAUGAAGAUGGCUGCACUUCAACUCAUGCAACAGAAAGCUAACAAGGAUGCCAACAGGAACGAAAAAACCCCAGCCAUCACUCAAACGUCCCAAACAGAGACCAAUGCUGAUGCAACGCAAACCGCAGCUUCAGAUUCAAGCACGCUAGGUUCUACAGAUGGCCCGGUCCAAACGGACAGCGGCCUCAUUGGGACUGAUGGGGAGGAAACACCUUCAAAGGCCACAAAUGGUCCUUUGGAGCCGACAGCAGCACAGAAUGGGGAGUGCAAGAGCCCACUGGAGGGUAAGGUGCUUGAGGAAAGUAUUCCAGGAUUAGCUCAGGCCAAAGAGCUAGCGGAGACCUUAGUUGCCGAAGAUGGAUCUGGUAUUGACCCCAAAAGCCGUGAGGUCGUCCUCAAUGCCUGCAAGGCAGUUGGCUCCAUCAGCAAUACGUCUUUUGACAUCCGCUUCAACCCUGAUAUCUUCUCUCCAGGAGUGCGUUUCCCAGACGACAGCGCAGAAGACAUCCAGAAGCAAAAGCAGUUACUCAAAGAUUGUGCUGCCUUCCUUGUUUCCUGCCAGAUUCCAUCACUGGUUAAAGACUGUUUGGACCAAAGUGCUCUGCCCAUGGAUGGAGCCACUCUGACAGAGGCCUUGCACCAGCGAGGCAUCAAUUUACGCUACUUGGGCACCGUACUGGAGUUUGUGGACAAGACUCCUGCCAGAUCCCAGCUGGAACACAUCUAUAGAAUAGGAAUCAUUGAACUGAUCACCAGAUGUGCAAAACAUAUUUUCAAGACGUACCUCCAGGGUGUGGAGCUGUCAGCUCUCUCUGCCGCUGUAAGCCAUUUCCUAAACUGCUUCUUGAGUUCCUUCCCGGAUGCCAUUGGACACCUACCGGCCGACGAGCUUGUGUCGCGCCGCAAAAGCCGCAAGCGGCGCAACAAGAUUCCUGGAAGUGGCGACAACACAGCAUGGGCCAGCCUAACGCCCGGCGAGUUGUGGAAGAACAUCUCCUCGGAGGCGCGGAGCUACUAUCACUUCACCAUUCAAUGUGAAAAUGUGGACCAGGUGGUGGAGAAAUACAGCCUUCAGAAAAUCACUUUGCUCAGAGAAAUAUCAAUCAAAACAGGCAUCCAGAUUCUGAUCAAGGAGUAUCACUUUGACAGUCGCCACAAGCCCACCUUUACAGAGGAGGACAUCCUUAAUAUUUUCCCUGUUGUAAAACACGUCAACCCCAAAGCCUCAGAUGCCUUCCACUUUUUCCAGAGUGGGCAGGCCAAGGUCCAGCAAGGAUUUUUGAAGGAGGGGUGUGAGCUGAUCAAUGAGGCCCUCAACCUUUUCAACAACGUAUAUGGCGCAAUGCACGUGGAGAUUUGUGCCUGCCUGCGCCUCUUAGCUCGCCUUAAUUACAUCAUGGGGGACCACGCUGAGGCACUCAGCAACCAACAAAAGGCUGUUCUCAUGAGCGAAAGAGUUCUCGGCAUCGAACACCCCAACACAAUUCAAGAAUAUAUGCAUUUGGCUUUGUACUGCUUUGCUAAUGGACAGCUGUCCACGGCAUUGAAGCUGCUUUACAGAGCUCGAUACCUCAUGCUGCUGGUGUGCGGUGAAGACCACCCGGAGAUGGCACUGUUAGAUAGUAACAUCGGCUUGGUACUGCACAGCGUGAUGGAGUACGAUUUAUCUCUGAGAUUCUUGGAGAACGCUCUGGCCAUCAACUCAAAGUACCAUGGAUCACGGUCACUCAAAGUAGCGCUCAGCCAUCAUCUUACUGCUAGGGUUUACGAAAGCAAAGCGGAGUUCCGCUCGGCGCUACAGCAUGAAAAGGAUGGCUACACGAUUUACAAGAACCAGAUGGGCGAGGCUCACGAGAAAACCAAGGAAAGCUCAGAGUACCUGAAGUGCCUCACCCAACAGGCUGUGGCUCUGCAAAGAACAAUGAAUGAGAUCUACAAAAAUGGCUCCAGUGCCAGCAUCAUGCCCCUUAAGUUCACUGCUCCAAGCAUGCCCCACAUCCUGGAACAACUCAACAUCAUCAAUGGCAUCAUUUUUAUCCCUCUAAGCCAAAAAGAUCUAGAGAACCUGAAAGCUGAGGUGCAGCGACGGCAGCAGCUGCAGGAGUCAGAAAAGAAUGAGCUGCUGGAGAAGAGUGAGCAGCCCUCGCUGGAAUUAGUGGACAAAAUUCCUGUCGAUUAAUGUCCCAGUGUGCUCAACAUAGUUAUUUUUUGCGUUACAAAGGGUGAAGACUGUGCCGUAACAGUCUUGUCAUUAUGCCCGCCGACCCAGGAACUGAGCAAACUAUAUCAGCGUUGAAAUAAAGAAAAAACACCGUAACUGGGAUAUGCAGUAUGUGUCAAGCGUAAAGAGGAUAUGCAGUAUGUGUCAAGGGUCCACACACACACUGUAUGAUGUGUAGAACAGAGGAAAACUGAGCAAGCAGGCAAUUCCUACAACCAUCCAAUCCAUGUAACAUGCAGUGUUGGAAAACCCUGCCACGAGAUGUAAAAUAAUCUGUUUGCAUUGGAGCAAGAGAUCCCACUUGUGGACUCAAGACCAAGGGUGACGCUCUGUACCAGAGCCUUAUCUGUUGUGUUACAAGCUCGGCUAGUUUCGUACCUGCAGUGCUGUUGGAUAAUGACCACAUGUUACUCCCUAAAAGAGCCUUGAAGAGGCAAGUGAUCCUAGGCAACCCUCUCCUGUGCACUAAAAUCAGAUUGGAAAAUAAUGAACAGUGGGCCUUGUAUUUGUAAGAAUGUACUGCUCUUCAUUACUCACGCCCUCAAUGGUACUUUAAUUGAAUCUCGUCAUUUGUGCUACCUGCUGAGUCUUGCAAGCAAACGGUGAAAAUUGGGCUGCUUUGCUGGAUAUAUACAUGUAUUUUUUUCCCUUUCGGUGAAACAUACACAGGAAACUUAAAGUGACAUUUUAGACCUGUUAAUUUAAGCCAUGACUGUUUUAUAGCAAAUGUAUAGAAUGGAGAAAUAUGUAUAAAUCUAUAUCAGAUGUAACCACAUUUUUGCAUCCUGAAAACGAUCCAUAAACCGUCCUCUUGAAAGCAAUUUCUUCCAUGUACUAACAACUGUGUUCAAUCUAUUUUUACACAUUGAGAAGGCUGUGCAAUUAUGUUUGUAUGUGUGACUUUUUUUUUGUGAGUCUUUGUGUAAUCCAACAGGACCGCUGACGAGAGGUGUGAUAUGAACAUUGGCUUUUAUUUUUCUAUAUGCAUAGUUGACAUCAAAUUAACAUUCUCAUUUUUGGACAUGUGCUCAACAUUGGUUGUAGUGACUGGGCCUAGUUUUACGUGUGCACUCUUCUUCCAAAAUUGGAUUGUCAUGUUUUCACAUGUAUGCAGCCCAGAGAACAGUACAUAGAAAUAUGACUACAUAUUUUCAGCACCAACGGAAAUGGACAAAAAAGGGCUAUCUUGAUUGAGAUGUACCAACAAAAACAAUAAGACUGACAGUUUGCGCUUGUAUACAUGUGAUGUAACUUGAUUAAAGCAAUAUAGAGUUGGUGCUGAAAAUAUUUAAAAAUCAAAGAUCGAGUGACAAAAAUAGGCUACAUUUAAAGAUACAAGAUGAACUGCUCAGUCAAAGGGAGUCAUUGCAAUCGAGUCAAAAGUGAGGAAGGCGAUGAAUAUUUUCUUUAUAAAAGUGAUUUAUGCAUCUUAA